UUCAUCGCCAUCAUCAUCAUCAUCAUCAUCAUUAUCUGAAUCAUCAUUGAUGAAUAGAGUAAUUAUUGAUUCAAUUCGUAAUGGUACACAUCCAUUGUAUCAAUUGGUUAUUGAAAAUGGUCAACGUAUUAUUCGUCCAAUUAAUGAUGAUUUUCGUAUAAAUCCCUAUUAUGAUGAUGUUCGUAAACAUGAAAUUUAUUUAAGUAAUUUACCACAAAAUUCAUAUGAAGAUGAAUUAUUACCAUUCCUAAUGCAAGCUGGUCCUAUUUAUCAAUUACGUAUUAUUAUGACAUUAUCUGGUGCUACUAAAGGAAAAGCAUAUGCUAUUUUUGCUGAUAUUGAAUCAUCAUUACGUGCUGUACAAAUAUUGAAUGGUCAAUGUAUACGUUCAUCAUAUUCAUUACCUGUACAGGUUGAAUUUUCAGUAAAUAAUAAUCGUUUACGUGUUCGUGGUAUACCUAAUUCGAUAAAAUCAUCUGAACAAUUACAACAACGUUUAUGUUUAAUUGGUAUUGAAGAUAUUCGUUUAUUUCCAGCAAAAAAUCUUGAUACAAUUAUCGUUAAUGGUAGUAGUGUUGAUGAUUGUGGACAAGAAGCAAUAAUUGUUUUUCAUGAACAUUCACAAGCUGCAAGUACUAGACGUGUAUUCAUUUCAGGAUCAAUCGAAAUUGAUGGUCAUAAAUUGACAGCUAAUUGGGAUAUACCCGAUAAAAGUAUAUUGCAAUAA